GAGGCCAGUGUUGAUCAGUGGCUGUCCAGACCUUUCAGAGCCACUGACACGCCGCCAGCACAAUGAUGAUGUCACUGACUCUACUGCUGGGCACCCUGGGGCUCCUUGUUCAGGGUUCAUCAGGAGAAAUCAUCAUGACUCAGUCUCCUGGAUCUCAGUCUGCUGCUCCAGGACAGACUGUCUCCAUCAAAUGUAAAGCCAGUUCAACUGUUAGUACUAGCGCUCUCUACUGGUACCUUCAGAAACCUGGAGAAGCUCCUAAACUCCUGAUUUAUUCAACUUCAAGCCGUCAGUCUGGAGUUUCAGAUCGUUUUAGUGGAAGUGGAUCAAACACCGACUACACUCUGACCAUCAGUAGAGUUCAGGCUGAAGAUGCAGGAGUUUACUACUGUCAGCAGUAUCAAAGCUACCCGAUCACACAGAGCUCUUUACAAAGAAGGCCAAUCAAAACAUUCAACCAGUGUAUUAAGAAAAUGACUUUGAUCUCCGCCCUCAUCUGGACUCUCCUCUGCUGCUGCUUCACAGAGUCCAGAGGCCAGUACACAGUGACUCAGCCUGCAGCAGUGAGAUCUACUCUGGGAGGAUCUGCAACCAUCAGCUGUAGGGUCAGUCAGAUUGUUUAUAAGGGGUACUGGUUACACUGGUACCAACAGAGAGAUGGAGAAAUCCCUAAACCGCUCAUUACCUAUGCUACCACUCGAGUAUCAGGCAUUCCAGGUCGUUUUUCAGGCAGUGGAUCAAACUCUGACUUCACUCUGACCAUCAGUGGAGUCCAGGCUGAAGAUGCAGCAGUUUAUUACUGCAAGAGUUAUCACUAUCCCAACUAUCAGUGGGUGUACACACAGUGA